GGGAAAGCCGUAUGUAAUACCCAUGAGACUAACUCUUCGAACGUCGGUUAAGAUAGUACCCCGAAUUUCUCCGGAAACAAUGGGAGCGCUCCGCAUGGUCUCUUGGAGUGCACCUGUGGACGGAGGCCAAUCAUCGAACGACGGGGGGAGCGACGACGAUGACGAUCCAGUCGUUACACGGUUAGUACGGCAGCGGAUUCUCUACCCACCGCCUCGCACUAUUGCGCGUACCAUGCAUCUAACCGCACGGAAUGCUCAUAUGAUGAUCAUGGGAGAACCCCUCCCCCUUCAUUGGGAUGACGAGUGCGACCAGGCCUUCGGGGCCCUGAAGGAUGCUCUCGUCACGGCCCCGAUUCUGAUUCGACCGGAUCUCUCUCGGCAGUUUAUUCUCAUCACCGAUUGGCAGCCGGAGACUAUCUCGGCCAUUCUGGCACAGAAGGGAAACGAUGGGAAGGAGCAUGUCAUCGAGUACGCCUCCCGGACGGUGCUAGACGAGCGACGAAACGAUUCCCCGCCACAAGGAGAAUGUUAUGCGGUAGUGUGGGGUAUCCAGCACUUCCACCCGUAUUUGUACGGUCAAAAGUUUCUUCUCGUCACCGACCAUGAACCUCUGUUGGCUCUGAAAAAGCUAACCAACUACACGGGCAUGAUCGAACGAUGGGUAGUGCGGUUGCAAGAGUAUGAAUUUGACAUUGCUCAUCGAAAAACGGAGAGACACGACAACGCGGACGGACUGACACGUUUGCACCGACCCGGCUGUCGGAGGCUCCUCACCCAGGAGCUUACGGUCCCGAUUGCGCAGCUGGCCGACGAUCUUGACGUCAGCAUUGUCUCCCAGGUCGACCCGCGCUUGGUGCCCCACGUCACCUCGCGCACGCCGUCGCAGUAUCUUCAGUGGUCAGCUUGCGUGGAGGGCUUCCCAUCGAGAAUUCCGCCUUCACGGUUGGAUUAUUUGGAUCCGCGCGACAUCGUAGAUCCCGCGUUCUACAGACCGCCGUACGGGGACGAAUUGGAGGAGAUCAUCCACGAGGAGCUCACGGAAGAAAGUUUGGAGGAAGAGGAGGAGAAUCCGAACAAAGACGAAGGGGAGCCAGCACAGCAGCAAAAAGGAAAAGAAGACGAGCUCCUGAAAACGGAGAACGAAGAGGAAGCAGAAGAAGAAGACAGCGAGCAAGGGAGCGGUGACGACAACGACGAGGAGCACGCCGACGAGGAUCCCCAGCUAGAAAUUGCGCCGGUUGCUGAUCUUCCGAUCAGCAACGAUCCAACGCUCGACCCGGAGCCACCUCAGCCAGGCGACGGCGAUGUGGCCCAGAUGGUUGGGCCGCGGGAAUGAACCACCAUUAUUAUUAUUAUUAUUUAUUUUAUUAUGAUAGUGGUUGGUGUUCGACGGGCCCGGUGCGACACCGGCUCUGCCCAUUCCGAGCUCGGUUAGCAGGUCAGUUCUGAGUUGCUGCUGAGCUGAAGAAAACGUAUACGGUCCGACUUCGCCAAACAAGGGUACUUUUAUGUUUAUCUUGCGCGCUGUACGCAAGCGUGAGGAACGGUUGAUGCGCCCUAGAGUCACACCAAGCGAGUCUUCUCUGAAUGCGAGUGGCACAUUGUGUCUAUUUUUAGCUUCGUUGAGGAUUUGGCGGUCAUUUUCGUCAUUCCCAACGUAUCUUUGGGGAAAAGGGACCUGAUUAAUAAGAGUCUAUUUUUAGCCGUAGAUUUCGCAGCGAGAUGGAGCAAGAGCGGAUUCUUGAGGCUUACUCAUCACGAGUUCGGAACUGAAUCCACUUUGGCAAGUAUGAGAUGCAUCUAGACCUGAUCAACGGCUAGGAGGCUUCUGCUAGAGCAAUAAUCUGCUUUUAUACGGUGCCGGCUCGCACUCCGGAAUCAUGGAAUUCUGGAAUCAGAACCCUCUGCUGUUUCUUCAACUAUGGGGCAUUUUUUUCAUCAUCGCCGAACAACUGAGUGGUUUUGCGCCGCCGCCGCCUGAAGACACACUCCUUACUCAGGCGGAAUGGAAACGACGGCUUAGGCUUGAUCUUCUCCAUGCCAUAAGAGAGGAAACAAGUGGAGAAGAUUUCAGAUCAGACAGGGCAACUGUACACAAGGAAUCUUCAUUGGAGAAUAUCAAAGCACCUAUUUUCGCAAGAUUCGCAAAACAAAAGUUAGAGGGCAUU